AAAUUACUGUUUACCUUUGGUUGGCGUCAUAUGGUCAUAGCCGACUGAUUUUCUUAGGGCAUCGCGCACUUUUCCCGAAAUCAUGGAAAAUUCAAAAAGUAUAUAGUGUAGAUAGGUAAUACAGCAUUUUCAACUGUGACUUGACAGUUUAGCCGAUUCUUUGUUAUAGUCCCACGCUCUCGUCGCCCAAAAAGCGUCAAGACGCUUAAGACAUUCCACAGUUACCAGACGCCAAUUUUUAUUGUAUAAUGCUCACUAAGAAGACGAUUAAUGCUGUAAACGUUGGCCUUUUAUUAACCACUAUUUUUGUGUGGUCAUAUGUUGUUGCUGCUGCUCGGAUUAUUCAUGAUCAAACAUCAUUUUGUAAUUAACAAAUCAUUAUAUCUAAAAUAAUUAUUUUUACUUAUAUUAAAAAGUCCUUUUACUAAUUGUCUUGGUUCUGUGAACUAAACAUGGAAUCAGCUACUGCAGAAGAACCAAUUAAUCAAAAGUCUUCAUUUGAUUUGUCAUUCAAGACAAAAUCAAAAGAAAUUAAUGACAUGUUGAUUGAUAUUGAAAACAAAUCUAUCAAAACUGAUAAUUUCCAUGAUAUUUUACAAAAAAUUAAUGAACUUCAAGAAUUAUUAAAUGAUUCGAAGACAUUUUUGCCUGCCUAUAAUAUGAAAAAGUGUUCAGAUGAGAUCAAGGAUAUAACUAAGCGUUAUGAACAAUUGCAUGUAAAAUUACAGCCCAAAAAGAAAUUUACUUUUGGUAAACAACCAACUCGACAACCAACUACACCAGAAGCUAAAGCUAAAGCUGAAGAAAAGUUUGAACCAAUAAGUGAACCUAAAGUUUAUAAAGAAGACUGCGGAUUUAAAAACCGUUCUGAUGAAAAUCAUUUAAUACUUAAGGAAGAUGAAUCUUUUAUGAAAGAUGUAGCUUUGGAUACAUUAACCAAUUGCAUUGUCCUUAUUUGUGGUACACCUAGUACUGUGCGUGCGACGUCAUUGACACAGUGCCAUGUAUAUGUAUGUGCAACAACAUCAAUUUUUAUUGAGAACUGUAAGGAUUCAGUAUUUAUUUGUGCUUCUCAACAGUUACGUAUUCAUGAUACUUUUGAUACUAGUUUCUAUAUUUAUGUAACCAGUAGCGCUAUAAUUGAAAACUCUAAACAGUUACAAUUUGCUCCUCUUUCACUUAAAGGUUUAAUACUUAAAAAAGCAUUUGAAAUGGCUAAGUUUGAUGAAUCUAAGAAUAAUUGGAAAAUUGUAAAUGAUUUUGAUUGGUUGUCAUCUUAUGAACCAUCGCCAAAUUGGUGUGAAAUACCAGAACAAGAGCGCAAACAACCAUAUGAAGACAAUAUGUUGUUGUACUUAUACCCAGCGUUAUUAAACCAGGAAUCAAUAUUUCCAGCUGGUUAUUACGACAAUAAAUAAAUAACUUUUUUUUAAUAACUUAAAUUAAUUUAUUUUUUUAAUAACCAAUUAAUUUU